CCGCCCCCGCCUCUCCCUUUCUAUUUUCGGUCAUUGAGGAAGCGAAGGCAGCAGCCGGGCCCUCGCUCCGCCGUUUCCUCCCGUUCUCAACGCCAUGGCCGCCACCGGGGUCCUGCCUUUCAUCCGCGGGGUGGACCUCAGCGGCAACGACUUCAAGGGUGGUUAUUUCCCAGAACAUGUCAAGUCUAUGACCAGCUUGCGAUGGCUGAAGCUGAACCGGACCGGGCUUUGUUAUUUGCCAGAGGAAUUGUCUUCCCUCCAGAAACUGGAGCAUCUCUCGGUGAGCCACAACAGCCUCACGACUCUCCAUGGGGAACUCUCCGGACUCCCUUGCCUGCGAGCCAUUGUUGCCCGAGCAAACUCUUUGAAGAACUCCGGGGUUCCUGAUGAUAUUUUCCAACUCGACGAUCUUUCCGUCUUGGACUUGAGUUACAACCAACUGACGGAGGUGCCUCGGGAGCUGGAGAACGCCAAGAAUAUGCUGGUGCUCAACCUGAAGCAGAACAGCAUCGACAACAUCCCCAACCAGCUCUUCAUCAACCUGACCGACCUGCUUUACCUGGACCUGAGCGACAACAAGCUGGAGAGCCUCCCUCCGCAGAUGCGGCGCCUGGUCCACCUCCAGACCUUGAUCCUGAAUAACAACCCGCUUCUCCACGCCCAGCUCAGGCAAUUGCCCGCCAUGGUGGCCUUGCAGACGCUGCACCUUCGGAAUACGCAACGCACCCAAAGCAACCUCCCUACCAGUUUGGAUGGAUUGGUCAACCUCUCAGACGUGGACCUCUCCUGCAACGAACUCACCCGGGUCCCCGAGUGUCUCUACACGUUGUCCAACCUCCGGCGCCUGAACCUGAGCACCAACCAGAUUUCGGAGCUGUCCCUCUGCAUCGACCAGUGGACUCACCUGGAGACCCUCAACCUGUCCAGGAACCAGCUCACCUCUUUGCCGUCUGCCAUUUGCAAGCUGACCAAACUGAAGAAGCUCUACCUGAACUCCAACAAGCUGGACUUCGAUGGCAUCCCCUCCGGCAUCGGGAAGCUGGCCAACCUGGAGGAGUUCAUGGCUGCCAACAAUAACCUGGAGCUCGUUCCAGAAAGUCUGUGCAGAUGCGCGAAGCUGAAGAAGCUGGUUUUGAACAAGAACCGCUUGGUGACUUUACCGGAAGCUGUCCAUUUCCUGAUUGACAUUGAGGUCUUGGAUGUCCGCGAAAACCCCAACUUGGUGAUGCCCCCCAAACCGGUGGACCGGACCUCGGAGUGGUACAACAUCGACUUCUCGCUCCAGAACCAGCUGCGCCUGGCGGGUGCCUCUCCUGCCACUGUGGCGGCCGCGGCCGGGGGGAGCAGUCCCCGAGACCCUUUGGCCCGGAAGAUGCGCCUGCGCCGGCGCAAGGAUUCCACGCAGGACGACCAGGCCAAGCAGGUGCUGAAGGGCAUGUCGGACGUGGCGCAGGAGAAGAACAAGAAGAUGGAGGAGAACGGGGACCUGAAGUACACGGACCUGAAGACCCGCCGCUGGGACCAGAGCCUGGAGAAGCCGCACCUCAACUACUCCGAGUUCUUCACCGAAGACGUGGGGCAGCUCCCGGGCAUCACCGUCUGGCAGAUCGAGAACUUCGUGCCCACCGCGGUGGACGAGGCCUUCCACGGGAAGUUCUACGAGGCCGACUGCUACAUCGUCCUGAAGACCCUUCUCGAUGCCAAUGGGUCCUUGAACUGGGAGAUCUACUACUGGAUUGGUCAGGAGGCCUCGCUGGACAAGAAGGCUUGUUCGGCCAUCCAUGCGGUCAACCUGCGCAAUUAUUUGGGAGCCGAGUCCCGCUGCAACCGGGAAGAAAUGGGAGACGAGAGCGACGAGUUCAGCCAGGUCUUCGAUCAUGAGAUUUCCUAUAUCGAAGGAGGCACGGCCAGUGGAUUCUACACCGUCGAGGAUCUUCAUUAUGUCAGCAGGCUCUAUCGGGUUUACGGCAAGAAGAACAUCAAGCUGGAGCCGGUGCCGUUGAAAGGCACGUCCUUGGAUCCUCGGUUUGCCUUCCUCUUGGACCACGGCCUCGAGAUCUAUGUCUGGAGGGGAGGACAAGCCACAUUGAGCGCCACCACCAAAGCCAGGCUCUUUGCGGAGAAGAUCAACAAGAACGAGCGGAAGGGCAAAGCGGAGAUUGUGCUCCUGACCCAGACGCAGGAGACCCCCGAGUUUUGGGAGGUCCUGGGGGGGCAGCCGGAGGAGAUCAAGGCCAACGUCCCGGAAGACUUCCGGCCCCCCAGGCCCAAGCUCUACAAGGUCGGCCUGGGUCUGGGCUACCUAGAAUUACCCCAGAUCAACUACAGACUCUCCGUCGAACACAAAAAGAGGCCGAAGGUGGAUCUGUUGCCGGAGAUGAGGCUGCUCCAGAGCCUCUUGGACACCAAGUCGGUCUACAUCCUGGACUGCUGGUCGGACGUCUUCAUCUGGAUCGGGCGCAAGUCCCCGCGGCUGGUGCGGGCGGCCGCGCUGAAGCUGGGCCAGGAGCUCUGCAGCAUGCUCCACCGCCCCAAACACGCCAUGGUCCUCCGCAACCUGGAGGGCACCGAGUGCCAGGUCUUCAAGUCCAAAUUCAAGAACUGGGACGACGUCUUGAAGGUGGAUUACACCCGCAACGCGGAAUCGGUCCAGAAGGCCGAGGGCAUCUCCGGGAAGGUCCAGAAGGACGUCGAGAAGAAGGACCAGAUGAAGGCGGACCUGACGGCCCUCUUCUUGCCCCGACAGCCCCCCAUGCCGCUGGCCGAGGCAGAGCAGCUCAUGGAAGAGUGGAACGAAGACCUGGACGGUAUGGAGGGCUUCGUCCUGGAGAACAAGAAGUUUGCCCGCCUGCCGGAGGAGGAGUUUGGCCACUUCUACACCCAGGACUGCUACGUCUUUCUCUGCCGGUACUGGGUGCCGGUUGAAUGCGAAGAGGAUGAGGAGGAGAAGAAGAAGAAGAGGAAGAAGGGAGUGGACGGGGCUGGUGGAGGAGAGGACGAAGACGAGGAGGAAGAUGAGGAGGAGGAGAAGCAGCCGGAGGAGGACUUCCAGUGUGUGGUGUAUUUCUGGCAAGGGAGGGAGGCCUCCAACAUGGGCUGGCUGACCUUCACCUUCAGCCUCCAGAAGAAGUUCGAGAACCUUUUCCCCGGGAAGCUGGAGGUGGUGCGCAUGACCCAGCAGCAGGAGAACCCCAAGUUCCUCUCCCACUUCAAGCGCAAGUUCAUCAUCCACAAAGGCAAGCGCAAGGCCAAGGAGGACAGCCUCCAGCCCAGCCUCUACCACAUCCGCACCAACGGCAGCGCCCUUUGCACUCGCUGCAUCCAGAUCAAUACAGACUCCGGACUCCUCAACUCAGAAUUUUGUUUCAUCUUAAAGGUCCCCUUUGAGAGCACCGACAACCAAGGCAUUGUUUACACUUGGGUCGGUCGAGCGGCCGACCCGGACGAGGCCAAAUUGGCCGAAGACAUCAUGAACCACAUGUUUGAUGAUUCUUACAGCAAACAGGUGAUAAACGAAGGAGAAGAGCCCGAGAACUUCUUCUGGGUCGGGAUCGGGCCACAGAAACCCUAUGACGGAGACGCCGAAUACAUGAAGUACUCACGUCUCUUCAGGUGCUCCAACGAGAAGGGCUACUUCGCCGUGUCGGAGAAGUGUUCGGACUUCUGCCAAGACGAUCUUGCGGACGACGACAUCAUGCUUCUGGACAACGGGCGGGAGGUGUAUAUGUGGGUCGGGACUCAGACAAGCCAAGUGGAGAUCAAACUGAGUCUCAAAGCAUGCCAGGUCUACAUCCAGCACAUGCGCUCCAAAGAGGCGGCCCAACCGCGGAAGCUCCGCCUCGUCCGGAAGGGCAACGAGCCGCCCGCCUUCACCCGCUGCUUCCACGCGUGGAGCGUUUUCCGGAAACCUCCUGCCUAGGACUGGCUAGUAUGGCCUCUUAUAAGAAUCCCCUUUUCUUAUUUAUCUUCUAGCGCACCGGGGAAAAUGUUACGAGAAGGGACGGAGCCAGGAGAGGCACCUCCCCUUUGAGGUGGAGUUAACCACAGCUCCGCCCAUUUGGGGGUGGAGCUAAGGCAAGUCCCGCCCCACCUCCUGGGUGUCCUUCGAAAACCCAAACACUUUUGCACCGCUCUCCUCACUUGUGUUUUUCUUAGCGCACUGAGAUUUCCGAGGCAUUUCCUGGGGAAUGUGGUGGCUGGGAUUAUUCGGGUGCUUCCACUGAGACUUCCGCUCUCUAUUUUAUGUAUUCUAUUCUAUAUAAUAAAAUUGAAAAAUAUG